AUGGCUCAAAAAAUCGGGGUUGUCUUCAAUUUCAUUGACCGGGUUCGAACGUUGAGCACCUUUCGCACGGAGGACGAAAAGAAACAGAUUAUAACUAAAAUGCUACUAAGUAACAACUAUCCACUGCGGCUUAUCAACAGAAUGCUUCGCCACGGCCGCCCUCCAGAAAUAACAGAAACAACUAGCAAUCCAGACUGUUAUCGAUCGUUGGUACAUAUACCAGGUCUCACACCUAUGAUAAAACGCACACUAAAAAUCAACAUGCCUUCGGUGGGAAUCGCUUGCAGCAGCGAUCACACAGUCAAGAGUUUGUGUAAGACUGCCAAAGAUCCCGUUCCCCACAUGCAGAAAAGUAAUGCCGUGUACCGAAUUUCAUGUAUUGACUGCGAGAAAUGCUACAUCGGUAUGACCAGAAAUCAGCUGCGAACGAGGAUGUACGGCCACCAGUGA